AUGCCAAAGUUUGUUCCUUUUAUCUCCCUGGCAGUGGCUGCGGUCAGAGCCCAAUUGCAGCAGGAGCCAUUCCUGGAGAUCGUCGAGGGCACCAGCAUCAGCAUCAAGUGCUCACACCCCAAUAUCAAAACUGGCGAUUUCAUCCACUUCUACCGUCACCUGCCGGGCCGAGCACCCGAAUAUUUGGCUGUGACUGCUAAAGCGUCCAAGGAGGUGCGAGCUCCUGAAGGGCGUCUGACGGUGUCGGCAGACCGGCGUUCGAGCGCGCUGUGGCUCGCUGGGCCCCGGCGCGGGGACGCGGCCGUGUAUUACUGCGCGCUGGGGGCCCGGCCAGAGCAGCCGGGGCUGCGGCCGGGCACGAACCGGCGCGGGCGGGGCCAGCAGGGGGCGCUGCCGCUCCGCCCGCCGCCCUCCCGGGCCGCCGCUCCGCAGCUCCUUCCUCUGCCCCGAGCCCGCCCCACCGACAGCGCACAGCCCCGCACGGCCCCCAGCCCGCCCGCAACCUGCGCUCACACAGUCCCCCCACACAGCCCGGCCUCCCCUCGCUCCCGAGCCCGACUCUGCCUCACACCGAACUGCUGCGGGCUGCGCCUCUGCCAGCGCCUCUCGCUCUCCGGCCACGGCUGAUGCUGCUGCUCUCAGCCGGCUUUGCAAAGAACAGAGCUGCUCCUUGAGAGCACCAGGGCUGGGAGCUGACCAAGGAGCUGCACUGGCAGGCACGCAGGGCCUAAUUCAUGGAGUUUUGUCGCAUC